UUCAAAAUCAGGACGCCCUCUUCCUUCCCUCCCCAACCUCCUUUUCUCCGUAAUCAACUUCCGCGGUCAUGGUUUGGGGCCUCUUCCCAUCCGAAUCCCUCAGAGGUACCCAGAAGUACUACAUCUUCUCCAAAGGAUCUUACAAAGUUGGCCGAAGAGAAUGUGAUAUCACUGUCCAGACAGACACCGCUGUGUCAAGACUUCAUGCUGAGAUUAUCUUUGAUGAAGUUGAUCAGUCCUGUGUUCGUGUUGUGGAUCGUUCGAAAUUUGGGACCUGGAUUAACAAGGAAUUGGGGGCGAAGGCUGUUCGUCUGCGGGAGAAUCAGGAGGCAAUGAUCAAUGAUGGGGAUUUGGUAUCUUUUGGGACUGGUAAUGCGACCUUCAGAUUUUGUUUUAUUUCCUUUUUGUUUUAUAUUCAUGGUUUUGAAAGCGAUGGAGUGAAUCGUUCUCUCGAGGCUACCAUUUCCUCUAUCGGUGGCUCUGCUGCAUAUAAUUGGAACGCAUUGUGUACACAUGCUGUUGUUGAGCGGACAUCUCCUAGGCCUAUUGUUCUUUGUGAUUGGCUGCAGGUUCUCAGGGAGAAAAGCAUUCGCACGGAAGUUCCUAGUUGCGCAUCGUACACCGCCACAUUGGUACUUGAAGGUACACCAGUAAAGAUUGCUGAGUCAAAGACUAGGGACAAAUGUCUAGAAGGGUACACAUUUAUACUGGGAUCAUCAUGCAACAAGUAUAAAUUCUGGGAUAAGCUUGAAACAUUGUUAGAAGUGGUUGGAGCAAGGUUUCUCAGUGUUGAUGAAUUUUGUUCUGAUAGCCAGACUUCAACAGAUGGAGAAAAUUGCCACUUUGUUUUAGUAAUUCCUGAAGAAGCAAGAAAUGAAUUCAAUCACCAUAAGCAGCUCACUUCUUUGUCCAGAGUCAGUGAUGUGAAACUGGUAGCUGCCAUUUUAUCUGGGCGUUUAGAGCCAUCUAACAUUGAGCCAGCUUCCAUUGUAGUUUCAUCCUCGCAUUCCACUGAUGAUACUAUAGUUGCUGAUUCUGAUGUUGAAAUAGACACUGCUGCAUCUGAUCAUGUCGAUAAUUCUAGCAAACUUGAGGAUGUGAUGAAACAUGAAUGUGAAGGUGAAGAUUUUGUAGGACCUCCAUAUGAGAAGUCUGCCAGAGAACAUGAAAUUCAAGAUGUGGUAAGAUUUCCAGACAAAUAUUCCUCUAGAGCACAUGAAGUUGAAGAUGUAAUUAGAUCUCCAGACAAAAUCUCUGCCACAGAGAACAAAGGCACAGAUGAGAAUGCUGUGAAUUACAAUAUCUCUAAAGACAAGACUGGAAUUUCUAGUUCAAGGGGUGCGGGCACUAUCCUUCUGAAGAAAAAGGACAAGAUUGAUGCAUCAGUGACAGAUGAAUUCCGAAAUUCUGAUAUCAUAUACAAUCCGGACUUGAUUGUUAGAAAUAUCAUGGCUCCAGUGCAACUUAAUUCAAACUCAAAGAAUGUUGUCAACUUUAAAAACUUCAGAAAGAAGGAUAUUGUGUCGGGUAAUAGCUUCAGAGACCUUAUACCUUUCUCGAAAGACUAUUACAAGGAAGGAGAUGACAGAACAACUGAUUACAUGAGGGAAGAGAGGAAACGGAAACAAAUGGAAGCCAUUGCUGAAGAUUUAUUCAACAAUGAAAAGGCAAGGAAACGCGCUGGUCCGGGUACUUCUCUUGGGCCUUGUUUGCUCGCCGAUGACAUUGAAUUGCUGUUAUUUUGCUUUGCUUUGAAGUUCAUCAGGAAGAUUAAUGGCUAA